UUUUUUAAAAAAAUGCUGGGGACCCUAACGAUCACGGUUGGACAAACUGAGCAGUCCAGUGCAAAUUUGCAGGAAGAGGCCGUGACUAUGGAGACAAGUCCUUCUGACUCAAGCACCAAGGAUGGGCUAGAUGAUGGAAAAGAGGAUCCUCAUAUAUCUAAAAAACUGCCAUCUUCGGAAGAAGAUGCAGAAGACCUUGACCAAGCAUCUGAGCCACAGUCUUAUGAUUUGGGCUUUAAAAAGGUUUUUAAAUUUGUUGGAUUCAGAUUCACAGUUAAGAAGGAAAAGACAGGAAAAUCGGAACCAGUUCAACUGCUUACCGUAAAAAAGGAAAUGGAAGGCACUGAAGGAGCUGGUGAUCAAAGUGAAGCCAGCCCAGAGGAAACACCAGUGCCUGAAGAUACCCUCUCUGCACAAGAUGACACCAAAGAUGCAACCAAGGAUGAAAACCCAGAAGAUGAAUCUCCUAAAACAUCAGAAGCAAAAGAACUGUCUUCUCAGUCAGCUGCCUUAGCCACUGAUACUACAUCACCAUUGCGGAAAUUUUUUUCCCAGGGAUGGACUGGAUUUAGGAAAAAGAAGAGUUUUAGGAAGCCUAAAGAAGAUGAACUACAGUCUUCUAAAAAAGAAGAGGAUCAAGAAAAGGAGGAGGCACCAUUAACCGCUGAAGCCACUGAAAAGGAAGAGAAAUCUGAGGACCAGAGUCAAGAUCAAGAGAAGAUUGUGACAGCAGUAAUUGUUGAAACACAUGAGAAGGAACAAACUGAAGAUGAAAAGCAGGAAUCAGAAAAGACUAUGGCAGCCAUAGUAGUUGAAGCGAGUAAGAAAGAAGAGCUAACCGGGCAUGACCGGCAGGGACACAGUGAGGUUACAGAACCAGCAGUUGUUAAAGUAAAUGGGGAGGAAGUAAAAACUGAAGGUCAAGAAAAUAAGUUAGUGGAAAGCUCAGAAGAAGUAAAUGAAGGAGAAAAAGGAAAUGAGGUGACAGUGACAGCAUGUACCACAGAGCCUAUUGUUAGUGCUUUAACUGAGAGUGCAAGUGGAGAAUUUAAAGCAUCACAAGUUGUAACUGUGGAAGGAAAACUGGAAUCAGUGGAGACGUGUGAAAUAAAUGACAAAACUGAAAAGUCAUCUGGAGAGAAACUUGAAGUAGAUUCUUUAUUCGCAGUUGAAAGUUCUGGAGAAGAGUUGAAAAAAUCUGAAGAAAGAGCAGAGAAUAAACCUGAAUCCUUAGCUCCACUAAAGGAAGAAACAGUUGAAAAUACACAGAAACCAGAACCAGUAAUUUCACCUGCAACAGAAGACCUCAAUGGAAAAGGACAGACAGUAGGAGAAGCUCAUGACACAGCCAUGGAGAUGAAAGCAGAUAAAGCAAAGACCUGUUCCACUUCUGAACAUUCAUUUGACAUGGAGGAUGAUCAACAGCCAGCCAAGCCCAUUGAUGAAGGUCUACAGGGCCAAACAGGCAUCGUUAUGGCUGAUGAUACCAAACCAACUGAUGUAACUACAGAAGUAACUCCUGAUGAGGCAGCUGAAAGGAGGCCUCCAGAAGGUAUCACAAGUGAAGCUGAAUUACUGUCUUCUCAAGAAAAAACUAAACUACAGGGCAGCCCUUUAAAGAAACUCUUUACAGGUACUGGAUUAAAAAAAUUGUCUGGAAAGAAGCAUAAAGGCAGGAGAGAGGAAUCUAAGUUAGGAGAACAGGGAGAACAAACUCAGCACUUGUCAGAUUCCCCAGAUAGCCCAGAAGAGCAAAAAGCAGAAAGUUCUGCUUCUUCUCCUGAGGAAUUACAUGAGAUUCCUUCUUUGGAAAAACCUGCAGAUGGAAUGCAGGUCACUGAAAAUGAAGAUGCUGCAAUUUCAGAUAUGGAGAGAAAAAGAGAAAGUGUUACACCAUGGGCAUCAUUUAAAAAGAUGGUGACUCCCAAGAAACGUGUCAGAAGACCUUCUGAAAGUGAUAAAGAAGAAGAAAUUGAUAAGACAAAGAGUGCUUCACUGUCUACAACUGAAAAUGCAGUUGAUGAAAAUCAGAGAGAAUUGAAAGAAAAUGGGGUGGACCAGAAACAAGAGAAAGUCAUUGAAGAGCCCAAGAGAAAGGUUGACACCUCUGUGUCUUGGGAAGCUUUUAUAUGUGUAGGUUCUUCAAAGAAAAGAGCCAGGAAAUCAUCAUCAUCUGAUGAAGAAACUGAACAUAAGCCUGGUCAAGAAGGCCCAAAAACAGAGGAGUCUGGACAAAGCAAAGAAGCAGCAACAGAUACAGCUCUUACUAGCUCUCAGGAGAGUGAUCAAGGACAAGGGAAUUCCUCCCCUGAACAAGCUGGAAGCCCGUCUGAAGGUGAAGGCAUUUCAACAUGGGAAUCAUUUAAAAGGCUAGUCACUCCAAGAAGGAAAUCCAAAACCAGAAUGGAAGACAGAACUGAAGAGACUGUCGUGGGAUCUAGCCUGGAGCACUCAACAUCAGAUGGUGAGCCAGGAAAAGAUGAAUCGUGGGUUCCAUUUAGAAAACUGAUGCCUGGCCGUAGGAAAAAAAAGUCAGAUGGGAAACCAGAGCCAACGCUUCUUAAACAAGCAAGAGAAGACAUGGCAGAAACAACUGAAGAAGAUUCUGAUGUUCCAGCUGUUGUUCCUUUAUCUGAAUAUGAGGCAGCAGAGCAAGAGAAAUUAGAAGCCCAGAAAGCAAAAGAUGCUGAAGUGAAAAGAGAACAAACCUUAGAGAAAGAAAGAGCAGAAAAGCUAGAAGAGACUGUAAAAACUGAGCAAGCUAGUGAAGGGCUUGUUCAUGCAGUUAGUGUUACUGUUGUGGAAGGAGAAAGGGCAGUUACCAGUAUUGAAGAAAGAUCCCCAUCAUGGAUAUCUGCUGCUGUGAUGGAGAGCAUUGAGCAGGCAGAAGAAGAGGAAGAGAAAGAAACUAAGCAAACAUUUGAAUCAGAAGCUGUUGUAGAAGAAGCAGCGGUGGAUGCCAAGACAGUGCCAGAGGUGGGAAGGGAUACAGGUGAUGAUACCACAGCAAGUGAGCCGGAGCUGACCUCGGAAGCCGUGACAGCUCUGGAGGAGACCACAGAAGCUUACUGUGCUGAAGAAACAAUGGAAGUAUCCUUUGCUGAGGAGACAACUGAGAUGGUUUCUGCUGUUUCACGGUUGUCAGAAACUCCUGAUACUACAGAAGAAGUCACACCUGUACAGGAAGUAGAGGCUACUGAGCAAAACUUGAGGGAAUUAGCGAGACAGACACAAGAAGUUCUUCAGGAAGUUGCUGAAAGAGUAAGGUCAUCGGAUGUAGCACAGCUGGUUAGUGAGACAACCAUGGAAGCAACCGUAACUAAGACAGUGCAAGAAAUUGAGUCAGAAAUGAAAGAUGGUGCUAAAGAUGUGAAAGUACUAGAUCAGGAAAUUCUUAUGCUUGAACAGUCCUUGAAAACUGGAGGACACAAGGAGGAUGAUAUCCAAGCCCUGGGAAGUGCAAGGAGCACCCAGGCCAAAGAUGGAGACGAAGGAGUUCUUCACGAAGGUUUGGAGAGAGGUGAAAUACCUGCUGCAAUGAAAGCAAGCACAGAAAGACUUGAAAAUGUAGAUGUAUUGAGAGAUGAAAGCCAGGGGCAGAUGCAUGAGGAAGCAGUUGUAGAUGAUCAUGAGGAAGCAGUUGUAGAUGAUCAUGAGGAAGCACCUGAACUGCAGAAGACAGCAGAAAAACCUUCAUCAGAAGACAAAGACGUUCACAGCAGCAAAGUAGACACUUCCAAGGAAGAGCCUUUACUAAAGCAAGAAUCUUCAGAACAAGACAAAUUGCCCUUACCAGAGCUGACAGGAGAUGAGAUGAGAGAUGAACAUACUCCAGGAGUGGAAACUGCAGUGCAAAACAUGGAUGCAGGUGAUGCCUCUGCCUUGGGUCCUGCAGGCACUGCAAGUAAAGUGCCUGUGCAGCUUGAAGGCGAGGGCGACAUCUCCUCCAAGAGCCUAGAGGACACAGAAGCGGUUGUUGUUGCUGUCCCUGGCACGCCAGUGGGAGAAGAGACAACUCCUGCCUUGGGCUCACCAGGCCAAACUUGGACUAAGGGAGUUCCUGGCGAGGCACCUCCCCAGGGAGAGGAAAGCAGGUCUGGGCUCCCUGCGGUGCAGGCCACCCAUGUCCCUGCUGCCGAGCUCCUGCGGCAGAGGGAGAUACAAGUCUCUGCCCUUCCUCCAGAAACAACUGGCUCAGAAGCAGCUGCAGUGUCUGGGCAGAGUGUGAGCGAACAGACUGGUGAGCAGAUCUCUGCAGAGGACUCUGGGCCUAGCCUUAAGCCCAAGUGCCUAGAAAGAGCCACAGAAGAAGUGCUCUGCCAGAGUCAUGAGGCAGAAUGUGGACAGUUACAAGAUGCUGAACUCAAAACCUCAGCCCUCUCUCAGAGUGAAAAUACUAAGGAAGACAAAAUGGAAGAAGCCCCAUCUGCCUUACCACUGACAGGCAUGGAAGCCACAGACAAGGGGAGCAGAGUCCUCUCUGGCAGCAGUCCAAAGAUAUGUGAAACCCCAAGUAGCGUAGCUGCAGAAGAGCCUGUGGAAGCAGAAAAAGAACUUUUAGAUACCUCAAGCUGUGAGGAUGUGCUGAGGGAAGAAACCAAAGGGGAGCAAUUGGUUGGAACGUCCCAUGGGGUAGGUGACUCUGACACACUGGAAGCUGUGAGUGAUGAUGGAUGUUACUCAUGCACUGUGCAGCAAGGGGCUUUAGCUGGGCCGGAGGAAGGUCCUGGCUUAGCCUGCCCUGGAGCUGAAAGCCUGGAGCCACCACAAGUGUCUGUUGCAGCAUCCGCUCCUGCACCUGGAGAGCCUGUCCCUGCUGAAGCCAUGACACUCACAGCCCCAACAGCCGAAACAUUAGAGCCCUUGGCAACCAGCCCUGGGCAAGUAACUGCUGAGGAAGUCCCAGCUGCUACUGUUGACCAUUUAGGCCCUGAGAUUGCAGAGCUUGACAGCACAGAAGCGCCUCACCCUCAAGCACCUCCUGUUUCUUUGAAGGCAAUUCCAGAGCAGAAGCAAGAAAUGCCUCAGGGAUUUGAACACCCUGAGGCAAGUGUUGCUGCUUCAAAGAAAAGUCCUUCUUUCGACUGCCCUCAGUUGGAGAAAGAUGUUGUUCAGUCAGUAGCCUUGGAAAGCCAAAGUACAGAAAUUGUAUUGAACGCCAUCCAGACGGCUGUUGACAGACUCGCAGAGACCAAGGAGUCAGCUGCAUCUGAACCAGAGCAGCACACUAAGUCCACAGACAAAAGCCAAACCGAUAGCAGUACACCUGAAUUUCUGGAGACUGUGCAAGGGAACCACCUUCCUGUCGACGAGGAAGAAAUACCAAUUAGGGAUCAAGAGCAGUCAAGAAGAGUGAAACAUUCCCCAUUAGGAGAGUCUGCAGAAAUUCAUAUAAGUGUAGAACAGGCAAAAGAUAAGCUGCUCAUUUCUCAUGCACCUCAAGAAGGAAAAAGUGAGAAUUCCCUAGAAGUUACGAUUAGCCCUCAAGAUGAUUCAAGGGAAAGUCCAAGACUUCCAAAUUCAACAGUAGGAAUAGGUACUUCAAAAGAUACAACCAAAGAACCCCUUGACACACACCCACCAAAAUUAAAGGAAAAAGAGGUGGGGCAGAUUCUGGAAAUCCCAGACCAAAAUACAGUUCAGCAAACACAGGCGGAAAAGAAGGAUGAGCAACAUAACCUGUCAGUGGAAGAUGUGAAAACACUGAUCCCAGAACCGGAGGAUGUUUGUAGCCACGAGGGUGCCGCUUGCCACCACCCGCAAAGCCUGAACUCAGUGGCUCCCGAGGCUUCAAAUAUGUGCUAAGCAUCCCUGUGGCAUUUGGAGAGAUGCCAGUCUUAGAGAACAACUGACAAUCCUGUGGCUGAGCCGGGAGCUUUAUUCACCACCCUUUAUUCUUGGAUGUUAACAGCUGCUCUUCUAAAGACUUCACCUUUUUGUCCUUUCUAUUAAAAACAAUGCCUUCAAAGUUGGGUAUAUUGACACAUGUAUCCCAUGCAAAGGUCAGUUGCCUUUGCCCCAAAUGUACAGACUGGAGAUGUGCAACUAAGUGAAUGGGCAGACCACUAAA